UCAACGAACGUCGAGCUCGCCUUUCCAUUCCUUUAGGCUCUCGAAAGCUUUCUCUCUCGUCUUCCUUCAGUGAUUCUCUCUUCAUCCCGGGAUGGGACUCAAAUUCGGGUCCUUUGAUUCCCUAUGCGAAACAGCAGCACUCAUUAUUUGCCCACUUGUUGGCACUGACCAAGGAAUUGUACCGACGUGUUAUAGUCGCAAUGUCGACGUUGGAGGGACGCUUAUCUUCCAGCCAUCGACAUCCUUCAUUCAUAUCGUCGCCAUCAUCAUGACCGCUAUUAUGAUUUACCACAUUCGCAGUAAAUACACCGCAGUAGGGAGAAAGGAAAUUGUCCUUUUCUUCUGGAUGUAUGCCGUUAUACAGUUGUUGGCCUUGUUUCUAGAUUCCGGGAUUAUACCGACCUCGAAUGCGGUAUAUGUAUGGUUCGCUGCUGUGUAUACAGGACUUGUUGCCUCCGCGUACUGUUGUAUCCUAAUCAACGCGUUUGUUGGCUUCCAGUUCGCUGAGGACGGAACUCCACUUUCGUUGUGGUUCCUUCGCAUAACCUGUCUCGUCGUAUUUGGCGCUGCCUUCUUCGUCGCGAUCGCCACCUUCAAAUCCUACGUUUCCUUUUCUUACAGCAAGACUACUCCCUUAUGGAUCGUCUACAUAUUGUGGCCCGUUAUAUGUGUGGCGAUCUACAUUGUUUCCCAGCUGGUUCUAGUAUUCCGCACGCUUGAGGAUCGAUGGCCAAUUGGCGAUCUGGUGUUCGGCACCAGCUUCUGGGUCAUUGGCAUGGUCAUACUCUUCGCAUUUAGUACGACCAUAUGCGACGCCAUCAAGCAUUACAUCGAUGGACUUUUCUUCUCCGAACUGUGCGUGUUACUCAGCGUGAUGAUGGUGUACAAAUACUGGGAUAGUAUAACGCGCGAAGAUCUUGAAUUCUCAGUGGGUUCCAAGCAGGCUGUAUGGGAGGUCAAGGAUCCCCUUCUCUCAUCUAGCUACCCUUCAAAUGCGUCCGCACCGGGUGGAGAUAACUCUGAAGAAGACAGCGGUAGUAACUACCAUGGAGGGUACAACAAUAAUUAUGGGUAUGGCGGAGGCAAAACUGCUUCCCUCGUCGGCGGAGUGAGCGGGGCGCAACUGUAUCAACAAAGAGGCGGGUAUAACAGAGGGGGCUACCCGCCUGCGGGUGGAGGAUAUUGAUCACGGUAUUAUUCGGUGUUACGAUUAUCUCAAUGGACCCGUGCUCGUUUGUUCUUUUCACGUCUUAAUUACUUUUUGUUAUAUCCCGCAAUCUUUAGCAUGCAGCGUUUCGUCGGAGAUGAAUUUUCUGGAUUGGUGGCUGACACGUACAAUAAGGGAAGGUCCGUCCAUUCAUAAAAUUGACCCUAGGACUUAGGCUGCAACGACAUUGCGGGAGCAGCGGGUUCUUACAUUUACACAGCGGCUGCUUGUUGGAGGUGCAUCGGACGAUUCUUGGACGGAUGAUGGCUUCACUUGUACGUACCAUCGCAGUGACGUUUGCCCGAGAAGGGGAUUGCUGCAUCCCAAUACAGCCUAGAAACCGGGUAUUAAGCAGUAACUGACACCGGGAUUCUGAGGAUCAUAGUGAUUGAAGGAUAUCUGUUGUAUAUGUACCCC